AUGGAGGUUUUUCCUUUUGCAAUUCACCUUUCCAAAGGAACACAGUUAGCCCUUGCACCAGUUGUUCUCGGUAACCUUUACAGAGAUUUGAGCUCAUUGAAACAAUACAUGAUUGAUUCGAACAAAUUGGGAGGUUCUGUUUCAGUCUCUGAAUAUGAUGGUUCAAGGCUUGUUCUUCGUGCGCCUUUCCAAUUAGUACAGGUUUGGGCUUGGGAGAGAUUCCCAACAUUAGGGCCACUACCCAAUUUCAUCAAAUGUGGAGAGCCACGUUUGGCCAGGUGGAACGGAGUAAAAAAGGCGAAAGUUGAGAAUGUGGGGUUAACCUUAGACUCUGCCGGUGAGUGUUUUCAAUGGCGACCAUAUGCUACAGUUGUGAACAAUGGGAUGUUGAGUAAGUUUUAUAGGGAAAAAGAAGAGUGGGUUGCGGUUGAAUCUUGUGUGUAUGAAGAAAUUGAGUCAUUUGUGCGAUGCUUGAGAGUUAGUGAAUUGGUUGGAUUAGGCUGUAUAGAACAGUAUCUUCCUCAUCGUGUAGCAAUGCAAUUUGGGUUGGAUCAAGAUCUUCCUGGCUAUGUCCCUCGAUGCAAUGUGAGUUCUGAAGCUGCUUGGAGGAACUAUAAUAGGCCGAUUAAAGAUACUAAAAUCUAUAUACCACCCCGGCUUUUUGAGUCUGAUCUUACCACCCGGUAUAUGGAGUGGUGGAAACAAUUAAUGUUGGCUAGGGAAGAUGCAAUUAAGGGUGUUGUGAGGCAGUGCCGUUCAAGGACUUACAAAAGAUUGCCACGGACUUGUUGGGGAAACAAGGAGGAUACCUCUGCUCCUCCAGGUUUUCUUUCCAAAAUUGAUGUUGUGGAAGGUGGGGGCUGUGCUGAAGAGGAUCAUCUAACAGUACUUGAAAUGUUGAGACGUAAUAAGAAGCACGACAUUGUUGAAAAUGGAUUGGUUGGUGAAGUUAAGCUGGUUGGCACUAAUUUGCAAAGUUCAACUUCAUCAGAAGCUAGUGUUGAUGUUGCUGAGAAGAUUGAGUUGCUGAUGAAACCUGUAGAAAUGAGUAUGCCGAAAAGGGGUUCAGUGGGACGAACAAAGAGAGUCUUAGAAGAUCAAAAUAUGGUUGGGAUCAACAACAAUGAAGAAGAAAUCAGUAAAUAUGGUGGAAAUGGAUUGGUUGGUGAAGUUAAGCUGGUUGGCACUAAUUUGCAAAGUUCAACUUCAUCAGAAGCUAGUGUUGAUGUUGCUGAGAAGAUUGAGUUGCUGAUGAAACCUGUAGAAAUGAGUAUGCCGAAAAGGGGUUCAGUGGGACGAACAAAGAGAGUCUUAGAAGAUCAAAAUAUGGUUGGGAUCAACAACAAUGAAGAAGAAAUCAGUAAAUAUGGUGGAAAUGGAUUGGUUGGUGAAGUUAAGCUGGUUGGCACUAAUUUGCAAAGUUCAACUUCAUCAGAAGCUAGUGUUGAUGUUGCUGAGAAGAUUGAGUUGCUGAUGAAACCAGUAGAAAUGACUAUGCCGAGAAGGGGUUCAGUGGGACGAACAAAGAGAGUCUUGGAAGAUCUAUAUAUGGUUGGGAUCAACAACAAUGAAGAAGAAAUCAAUAAAUAUGGUAAAAUUGAGACACCGGGAUUGGAACUCGAGGCUCGUAUUAGCAAGCUUGAGAAAGUGAUUGCUGGGCUAAAAGCAGCAAAAUUUGGGUACUAGUUAAAAAAUAUAUUAAGAAAAAAGAAAAGAAAAAAGAGUCUACCAUAGAAAGUCCUACUGAGCUAUAAUUUGGUUAUACAUGAUACAUGGCUGCUGCAUUUGCGCAAAAAAUAGCAGUAGUUACUAAACAUGAUUGCGGGAACAAAUAGAUUGUAUAGCGGGAAUUGCCAUGAA